CUUUAAGUAACUUCUUAAUUGUUGCCUAAUUCCGCUUUAAGAUACAUGUUGAAACUGAAUUUUCCAGUUUCCGGCAAUUGGCUCGCCAUGCCGAGCCUCAAUUUCUCUCCUGCCUCUGUCUCCUGCUCCUUCAAAAUGAAGAUCCAAAGGUCCACAUCCCUUGGAAAAAGAACCAAUCUAUGUCAUGCAACACUGGACAAUUUCGUGGAUUCAGGAAACCGAUCACGACGAUCUUCUGGCUAUCAACCCGCUGUUUGGAACCAUCGGCUCAUCGAGUCCAUUGGCAGUCAUUAUGAUAAGCCCAUGCAAAUGUUCUCAUACCUUCAAUCUAGAGCUAACUCAACAGCCUCGGACUACUCAGUGGAUUCAGGACCACGACGAUCUGCUGACUAUCAACCCGCUAUUUGGAGUCAUCAGUUCAUCGAGUAUAUUGAUACCCUUUAUGAUAAAGAGGAUGUCAAGGCACGGAUUGAAGAAUUAAAGCAGGGAGUCAAGCAAUUGCUUAGGGAAACCGAAGAUCCGACGGCCACACUUGAACUCAUGGUUUCAAUACAACGACUUGGAUUAGCUUACCAUUUCCAGAAGGAAAUUGGGGAUAAGCUACAAGAAAUCUACGUUGAUGGAUUCAAAUCUUUACAAGGAUUGAAGGAGACUGCACUUUGCUUUAGACUGCUUCGAGAACACGGUUACAAUGUAUCCUCUGAUAUAUUCAAAAAGUUCAAGGAAGGGGAAGUAUUCAUGAAAUGCUUAAGCCAAGAUGUGAAGGGUUUGCUGAGCUUAUAUGAAGCUACUCACCUCUCGAUUCCUGGGGAAAAAAUAUUAGAAGAAGCUAAGGAAUUUUGUGCGAAGCAUCUCUCGAGUGUAAGCCAAGAUGUGGAUAUAAAUAUAGCUAAGCAAGUGAGACGUUCUCUUGAGGAUCCUACACAUUGGUUGAUCCCGAGAUUGGAAACAAGAUAUUACAUUGAGGAGUAUGAAAAAGAGGAGGAAAUGAGAUCUUGUUUGCUUGAGCUAGCCAAGUUAGACUUCAAUGCUGUGCAAGCCGUGCACCAAAAGGAAAUCAAGGAAUUAUCGAGAUGGUGGGAAGAACUGGAUCUAGUACACAAAGUUGAUUUCUCAAGGGACCGCAUAGUUGAAGGUUACCUAUGGAUGAAUGGAACUAUAUGGGAACCCAAAUUUUCUAAGUGCAGGAAGGUAGUGGCAAAGUUUAAUACCGUUGGAUUUGUGAUCGAUGAUUUUUAUGAUAUACACGCCACACUAGAAGAAGCCCAACUAUUCACAACGGCAAUUAGAAGGUGGGAUCUCAAGGCCAUGGAAGGCCUCCCAGAUUACCUGAAGUUAUGCUAUUUGGCAGUAUAUAAUUUGGUUAAUGAGUUCGCAUAUGUUUUCCUCAAGGACUUCGGAUUUGACAUCAGAUCUCACUUAAUAAAAGAGUGGAAACGUCUGUGUGAGUCAUACUUGAGAGACGCACAAUACAUUCACGAGGGCGUAACGCCGUCUCUUGAGAAAUACGUGGAAAAUGGUUGGAUUUCAGUUGGCUAUCCAUGUAUGCUCGUCCAUGCAUUUUAUUUUGUAGGCCACGAUUUUACAGAAAAAUCACUCGAUCUUUGGGAGCACUCACACCAACUACUCUACCUCACUGGAGUCCUCACUCGACUUAUGGAUGACUUGGCUCCUUCUAAGGCUGAGAUGGAUGGAUUACAACCUUCAGCAGUUUUUUGCCGUAUGAAGGAGUCAGGUGAGUCAUACGAGACAGCAAAAAAAUACAUCAAGGAUCAAAUAAAUAUCUACUGGAAGAAACUCAACGAGGAAGUUGUCAACGGUGAUCAUCCUCAAAUCUUUAAAGACGUAUCAAUAAAUUCGUGGAAAACUACCUUCACAAUGUCACAAUAUGGAGAUGGCACUGGCAAUUCCCCUGGCGCAGCGAAGGACAGAGUCCGCUCGUUGUUUUUUGAACCUAUUCCCAUGGAAUAAUUUUAUUCCUAUGUUUUCAGUAUAAGAAUUUGUACCUUAAUUUAUCAUUCGGUAAUUUGGCUGUAAUAUUUGUUGGAGCCUGUAACUUUUUCUCUCUUUUUAUUUUGAACUGAAAAACAGGGUGAGAUACCCUGUUCAUAUAUAUAUUGUAACUUUUUCUCUUUAUCCUAUUGUUAAAUUUCCGUAAAAAAAUAAUUCU